AUGAGCUGCGUGGUUUCCGCAUGGGUCACUUCCGUCACCGGUGGGUGCGCGCGGUCCCCUCCUCCCCGCUGGUCACUGCCGCCGUUUGAGCCUCCGAGCGACCUCGGUCAGCUGCGGGCAGCACCGAGCCGCUCCGCGAUGGGGUGCGAGGUGAAGAUGGCGCAGUCUGAGGACUUCUGGGAGCUGCACAGACGCCUUGGGGAGUGCUACGAUCGUGACACCACGAAGUGCAUCUCCCCCGACCUCGCGAGCCUCGCGAGCCUCGCGCGCCUCGCGCCAGCCGCCGACCAAGCGGCACGAAAAGAGGUGAUGCCACCAGUCGAGGCUCCCCCAGGCUUGAGUGCGCCUGGAGAUCGAUUACUGACUGAGCCCAAUCUGCUGGAGCCGAAGAGCAUGCCGACCAGAAGCCAGUCGUGCAGGUCUCAAAGCUUGUGGGAAUCUCCCGCCUUCCAAGCAGAUCUUCAAAGAUGUCUUCAGCUCCAGCACUCCAAGAGGUCGGACGCUGGUCCUUCCACAGACACGUCAGGUGACACCAGUUUGGAUGUCUUGCUUCAUCCCCGAGUCUUCUGGUGCGAGCCGGAGGACGGUCAGGACAGCAUCAACCCACAACAAUUCCUGAGGGUGCAAGGCAUCACGAGCCUGCGCUCUCUCAGCAAUGCCAUGUCUCAGGUCGCGAAGCACCACUUGGCUGAGCAGAAGCAGACAGCGAAGCUGCUCCGGGUUCGGCUCUUCCGGUGGCUCCAACAUCCGGGCAGCAGCUUCAGGUUUUGGUGGGAUAGCAUGGGGAUGGUGCUGCUGUGCUACGAUCUCAUUGUGUUGCCCCUCAAGGCCUUCAACAUCGGAAGGCCCUUCUUUCUGACUCCGGUGUUUUGGAUCUCGCUCUUAUAUUGGACCGCCUGCAUCCCUUUGUGCUUCAUUGCUGGGUAUGCUGAUACGCGUGGCUUACUGGUGCUGAACCUACAGAGGACGAUUCCGAGGUAUGCAAGAGGAUGGUUUAUCUUCGACUUGGUCUUGAUCAGCUUCGAUUGGAUCAUCCUCGCCACGGACGACUACAUGGACGCUGCCUCGGGAGCUGAGUUGCGCUUGCUGCGGACCUUGGGGCGCUUGCGCUUUCUGAGGCUUUUGCGAGUGGGGCGAAUGGCUUGGACCGUCGGCUCAGUCAUGCAGUCUGUGAAGGAUCAGCUGAGUUCCAGAAUGUCGAACAUUCAGUACGGCAUUGUGAGGAUCGUCUUCCAACUGCUACUCUCGAAUCACAUCAUCGCUUGCCUUUGGUUUCUCCUUGGAAGUGAAGAGAAUCCUGAUUCAACCUGGGUCGAACAGAUGCAGCUGAAGAGCAAGCCAGCCGAAUUCCAGUAUACCACCAGUUUGUAUUGGGCCUUCUCACAGCUUGGGGUGGGCCAGACUGAGAUCGAAGCGGUGAACCUUCACGAGCGGAUCUUCUCGAUUGUCAUCAGUUUCCUGGCAUUGAUCAACUUCUCCACGAUGGUGAGUUCGAUGACCAGCCUGUUGGAAAGCCUUCGAAAGUUGAAGGACGAAGAGACCGAACAAUUCAGCUUACUGCGUCGAUACUUGGCCUCCAACAGCAUUGAUCCAGACCUCUCCCUCCGCAUUACCAGCUUUUUGCAGCAUAGCUUCAGCUUGAAGAAGAAAGCCACGUCGAAGGAUGGUGAGCUGCCCAUCUUGGGGAUGCUUUCAAAGUCCCUCAGAGAGGAGCUGCAACUGCAACGGCACCUGGAAUGCUUGCAGAACCACGCCUUCCUUGGCUUGCUGUUGGAGAGUGAGGACUACAACACGCGCCGCGUGCUGUGCAAGAUGGCGACGCAGCUGCAACAUUCGGUCCUGGCACUGGAUGACGUGGUCUUCUCCGCACAAAGUAUGGCCAACAGUUGCUUUUAUGUGGCAGAGGGCAAUUGUUCGUAUGAACAGCAAGAUCUCGCACCCUUGAUGUUGUGUGGCACCUGGGCAGCAGAGAUGUGUCUCUGGACACCUUGGAUUCACACAGGGCACUUGGUGUCCAAAGACAUCUCCCGCCUGAUCACCCUGGAGGUGACCUCCUUCUGUGAGUGUAUCAGCCGUGACCGCGGAGUCUGGUCCCUGGCCGCGAACUACGCCCAGCGAUUUGUAGGGGAACUGAAUGAAGAAGGUCAUUGGUCGGAUUUGUCUCCAGAGUAUCUCCAAGCAGCCUAUUUACAUGAGUCGGUUGGCUCUCAGAAUUCUGUCCGGAGGAAGACUUGUCUUUGCGCGAAACGAACUUUUAAGAAGGUACUUCCGUCAUAG